AAUGAGCUAACACUCUUAGUCUUGUUAGAAUUGAACUUUCUGAAAGCAGAUGAAGUGUUCAUCUUUCAAGAUUCAUUUUUCCUGGAAUCUUACCAAGCAUAUACUCCUGGACUCAGAACCUGAGAAAAGAAAGAGAAAGAGAAAGGAGAGAGGGAGAGAGAGAAAGAAAAAAAAUGAAUCCAUCUAAAUCAUCUGUAUUCCAAUGUACAGAGGGAGGAUGCUUCUCUUCCCAGUGGUUCUUGUGGACUGUGGCUGGGGCCUCCACCCUGCUUCUCAGUGUCUGUUUUAUCACCAGAUGUGUUGUGACAUAUCACAGCUUUCAAACUUGUGAUAAGAAAAAGUUUCAACCACAUGAAAGUCUCAAAGAGCUCUCAUGCUACAAUGAUGAGUCAGGUUCAGUCAAGAAUUGCUGUCCAUUGAACUGGGAACCUUUUCAAUCUAGCUGUUACUUCUUUUCUAUGAACACCAUGACCUGGACAUUAAGUUUAAACAACUGCUCAGGCAUGGGGGCUCAUCUGGUGGUUAUCAAUACCCAAGAGGAGCAGGAAUUCCUUUUCCACACAAAACCUAGAAAGAGAGAGUUUUAUAUUGGCCUGACUGACCGUGUGACUGAGGGUCAGUGGCAAUGGGUAGAUGGUACUCCUUUCACAGAGUCUCUGAGCUUCUGGGAUGUAGGGGAACCCAACAACAGAGCUCUGCUGGAGGAUUGUGCCACUAUAAGGGACUCUUCAAAUCCAAAGAAAAAUUGGAAUGAUAUAUCCUGUUUCUUCAAUAUGUUUUGGAUUUGUGAAAUGCCUGCAAUAGGUAUUUCAGACUAAGAAAAAUUUCUUAGAUUAAGAAGCAUGACCCAUGUUGUGUAAAUGAAACCAACAAGAGGAUGACCACACUUAUAAAUAACGUGCAAGAAUAUUCACUGACAUAAAGACUUCACGAGUAUUUGUUACUCUGAUGUAAAUAAAAAUAAGUAGUUUUCAGUGCUAAAAUUCAUGAUUUUAUUCU